GGAGCCGUGCGUUUCCACUGCCUGCUCUAGAUUCCCCCUCAGGCUGCUGUGGGGAUAGGGGACAGGCGACAGCAGGUAUAAGAGGUGGAUGUGCCUGUAGGAAGGCAGAUGGCAGCAUGGAUUCCAGGCGGGCGGCAGUGUUGCUGGUGGUGCUGCUGUUAGUGACAGACGGGGGCCUCGCUGAAGGACCAGGGGGCCAGGAUGAAACAGAACAGAUCUUCGAGGAGGAAGACAACGAACCCCACCCACCGCAGGACGCCCGGACCCCGGGGCCACACUUGCGCUCCCUGCCCCAGGCCACACAGAGACCCGACUGGAGCCCAGCCUUCCUGUUUCAGCCCCAGAGGUUUGGCAGAAACACCCGGGGCUCCUGGAGCAGCGGAAGGCUGAGGCCCCGAGAGGGGGAGGGGCUGAACUCCCUGUUCUGGAGCCUGGCCGCCCCUCAACGCUUUGGGAAGAAACGACAUGUCAUUCCUUGAUAUAUGCCCAUGUGAAGCCCACUCCACAAGUGCCAUGUGUCCCCCCAAAUAAAGCUGCCUGGCUUCU